GGGAGAGGUGGGGUACAAGGAGUAUGUCCCAACAGGCAUAGUCCCAGAGCUGGGCCGUGGCUGCAGAUGUUGCGUAUGCAAGCAAGCACCUUGUAUGUUUGAUGGGGUCAGCGCUUUUGUGGGAAGCUGCUGUGAAAAGCCCAUAAGCUCAUAAGAAAUUGGUGGCUUAUACAGGAAGUGUCUGUCCUGUGCAAAGCAAUGGGUGACCCUCUGGCUCUUGGGCUGUGUGCCAGAGGAGAUGCAAAACCAAAGCAUUGGGUAUUUGAGGACAUGGGGUCCUGUUACACCCUUAGGCUGUGGUGGGCCCAAUCUCCUGACCAUGUCCCAUCUUGGAUAACUCAGUUCUGACCCUGUAAAAGUUCUCAGCCAACUGCUGUGGUCUGUUCCUCAUCUGCCACCCCAAAAGCUUGUGUGGCAUGGUUGAGUGGUUUUGAACUGCUGAUGAGUUUUCUCUUCUUUCUGGUGCAACUGCUCUUUGGUGGAGGAAGUAUUGCCAGUUGUCCCAUGCCAUAGACCCUUCUCUUGAAUGUAUGGGCUGGAGGAGCCAGGAGCUCCCAUCCCUGCACUUGCUGCUGUGCCACUGUGUCCUUGGCUCUCAUCCUGCUGGAGGCAGUUCAGCCAGAGUGCUUGCAAACAUUCAGAUCCAAAGUAACUCUAAGAGAGUUGCUGAAGUCUGGGCUUAUCCAGGAACUUGGCUCUUUCCCAGAGAGAUUUAAAUGGGAAACCUCCCCGUGGUGACUCUGGAUUAUAAGACCUCGUACCAGCAGUGAUAGCACCAGACAGGCCAUGGAAAAUUGCCAUUUGGGCAGCAGUAGAUAUUUGUUAGGUUGCCAAUGCCAGAGGGCAAGAUCACUCCCAGGUCUGCUGCCAAGCUGUAACUUCAGUGAUGGUGCAAGAACACAGGUGAGGGGAAUUCUUGGCCCAGAAGCAUUUUCGCUAAAAACAAGCCCAGUUCAACAGCUUUGCUGUUUCUUUCCUUCUGAGGGUUUAGUAACAUUUGGAUCUGAUGUGACUUUGAGAUGCUUUUGCUGGUUCAUCCAAGCACAUCUGCUGGAGUUGUGCUUGCAGGCUCUGGAGGCAGGUUUUGGCAUGGCCUAACGGGACCUCUCUGUUCCACCUAUAAAUAAUUGUAGCUGGAGCUGCAUGUCAUCCAGAUGUCCCAAUAGCGUAUUUACAGACAUGGAUGCUUGGGUGUUUUGUUUUCUGCCUGCAACUGCAUCAGGCAUCCAUGACUGUAAAUCUGGCAGGUGGACAUUGACUAAUAAAUAACUGUCCCAUAAGUAAUUGUAUGUCUGAAUCUGUGCCUGAUAGCUGAACUGAGGAGGGCACUGAGAUUUAUUGCAGAUGAGACCCAGGACGGUGUGGUGGGCUUGGCGUGCAGUGCUGUGGCAGAGUGUAUGUAAGGGAUGGGAGCACUGGUGCAGGGGUUGUUCCUGGGAUGGUUCCCUCGUGGCCAGGGGAUGUGGUCAGGGUUACCAGGAGACUUUACACAAUGGGUCUGUACAAGGGGACUGCCGCUGUGUGGCUCGUGCCAGGAAAGAAGGUAAAUCGUUUGGCUGGUUUUCUUUCUCUGGGAGGUGCAAACAUGUUUUGGAGGAAACUUGUGUUGGUUUUGGUUUAUUUUAAUAUGUAUUUUAGAGUGAGAAGUGCUUGCAUCCUGGGGGACACACCACGUUCAAAGUGCGGACUGAAGAUAUUUGGAGGAGAGGUGGUCAAACUGUGUGUGUUCUGAAAGGCUAAUUAUUGACAGGUUGCAGGGGAUACAAUAAGACUUUCAUGUAAGGGAUAAAACCUGGUGUAAAUCUGGAAACACUGACCCAUAAAAUGUAUAUUUUAAUAAACUCCAUGUGUUCUGAACAUGUUUCUUCUACCAACUGUGGAGUCUGAUUCUGGUAUCUCAGUGGAUGGGAACAGGUAAGGUUUAUUCCCUUCGCAGCAGGACUCUGACCUGGUGCCGGAUGUCUCAGCCAUGCAUGCUUAUUUAAUCCGACGCUGGAUUUCUGACAUCUCUAGAGCUACAAGCCAUUUGGCCUGCUGGUGUAAAACACACAUGCCAGCCACCCUGGCCGGGGGCGGGAUCUGGAGGAGGAGAGCUUCUGGUUAAUGCUGUCCCUGUUGGGGUUGUGAUGCUUUUAUUUAUUUCCUUUCUCUCUUCCCUGCCUCCUCUUCCUAGCUCUUCUUGUCCCAGGGAAGCAGAUGUGGCAGAGCUGGGUGUCUCCUAGGGUCAUUGCCACAACGACGUGCACGGAAAAUAAAGUGUCUUGUGCAAUAUGGUGCUCAAGGGAGCUGCGAGGGAGCAGCUACUGGAGUUCCCAUGUUGCUUUUGAAGGCAGCUGCAGGCAGGGAGCAAAAGAAGUGGAAGUGGGCAGGUGCUGCUGCCGGUGCUCCUGGUCUGUGAGCUGUCCCCAGUGCUGGGGUCUGUGGCGUGGUGCAGGGUGAUGUGUCCCUCGCUGCUGGGUGCUCACCCAGGCAGCACCCAACACCGCCAGCAGCCCCAGCCAAGGCUGUGAAAAUUCCGUUUCUUCCUCUGGACUUUCUGCUGUCCAGGUUUUCAGUGAGAUCAGAACAAGUGGAAUUUAAGGCUUUGAAGGUAAAAAAAAAAAGGUAAAAAAGAAAAAAAAAGCUAAGCCUUUGAUAGUGAAGGGAAUCCCUGUGCUGGUGCUUUCAGGUCAGCCCUGCACACAGUGAAGGACUGCAUGCGUGUGGCAGGGACUGAUCGAGCCUCAGCCACUGCAUGUGACUAGAUGCCAGAGGAAGGGGGUAAAAAUUAACCUCUUCCUCAUUGCCUUGGGGAUGCAAAUUUUUUGCUAACUAGUGAAUAAAAUGGCUUUGUGAACAAAAUAUGAGGGCAGAAAUUAGUGAAAGAUGCAUUUCAUCAUCUUCAAACUGCAGCUCUCUUUGCCAGGACUCCAGAGCAGCACAUUUGGUCUCCUGCUCCCUGGGUGUGAGAAGUGACUGGAUGGGAGCGUGUUAAAAUGUGGCUACUUCUGCAAUUUUUCUAUGAUAGCAGUAGCUGUGGCACAGCCUGUGAAGCAGGGAAAGAGUCACCAGCUUUGUUCUUCCCUAGGGCAGAGGGCCGGGAGGGGAGUAGAAGCAGAUGGCCCAGGAGGCAAUCCCGGUGUAUCCCCUCGUGCAGCAGGACCUGAGCCCAGGUGGGGGUCUGCCAGCUGUGCCUGUCCCUGGGUGGGCUGUGACACUUCCCCAAGGUUUCCUGGGGACUCAGGAGCCCCUGGACCCAGAGCUGCUCAGGAUGACUAUGACCUCCAGCCUGACUAUGACCUCUGCCCUGAAGAUGCCUGGGGUCCCUCCAGCCACUGGUGAGGUGGCAGGGGGAGAAGGGGAUGCGUGGGUAGGGAAAUGGAGUAUCCCUGAGCGGCAUGUUUCCCUCCUUCCCUUUCAUCCCCCAGACACAAAGCUGGCUGCUAUUAACUCCUCUGAAGUGUGCCUUGCUGCUCAGGGCGGUGAGGAUGCUCAGGGGAUGGGUGUGCUGUAGUGAUGAGACACGCACACAUGCGUGUGCAUCCUCUCUGUGCACCGCAGAGGGCCCUUUGCCACUGCCACACUGCUGCCUGGCUGGAGCGCAGGCAGCUCUGCUUGUGCUGGCUUUGCUUUGCAGCUCAACACAUUUUAAAAACCUGAGUGCUCCACAGAGACCUGGGAGGCUCCCGGGGGCUGGAUGCUCCCCAGCCACCCCUGCUAGCCCGCAUUCAGCAGCAGCCAAGUGUUGAAGGCUUCGAGGGAGACCAGGCUCGUAAGUGGACAGUGGUGGCUCCUUGGCAGUGGCUCCACUGCCUCAGGGAGGUGGCUCGCCUGGGCAUGCAUGACUGUCCCUGUGCUUGCAGUGUGGAUAUAGUCUCUGUGCAUGUUGGUAGAGGUGUACAAGGCAUUGCUUUCCCCCAAGCAGAGUCUUGGCAGUGGGUUGCACCGUGUGAGAGCACGAGCGUGCUGUCUCCAGGAACCUGCCUCAUCCAUGCAUUGCGGGUAUGGAGGGUGUAUUGUGCACUGUGGGGAGCAGGCGGGGUGACCAGGGUGGGAGUUUGUGGUCUAGGUAGGGCUGGGGAAUGCCCGUGUGCCUUUGUGUCCAUGCACGUGCAAGUCUGUAUUUCUGUGAGGUGCUUUUGCAUGGUGUAGUCAAUACUAGGGUGCAGCAGAAGAGUGAGGGCUGCAUGUGAUGCUGGGGUUGGGCAAGCCCCAGGGGCAUCUUUUGUCUUUUAGAUAAACAAACCCCAGUGAAAUCCCAUGCUUAACAGCUCCACAGCAGUCUCUGUGUAUUAAUAUAGGGUUUUCCCUGCUGCCCUCUGAAACCAGAUGGUAGCUCCUGCCAGCAGGAACCUCAGCAAGGCUCUUAAAUAGCAAACCUUAAUUUCCAGCGCAGGGGAGGUUUCUGUGGUGACGAGAGGUGGGGUUCACUGGGUAGAGAACCAGGUUGUAGUGCCCUGGGGAAGGAGAGCACUUGCUCUGGUGCAACAACCCUUGUACAUGCAAAGUGUUCCCGGUGCUGCUGGUGAAGACAGUAUCUCCCUGCCAGGGCUGGCCUUGAGCUUACAUCCCUUAUGAGUCUAUUUUCUUGUCCUUGGGCAGGCAGUGGUGCUGAGAGCUGUGGGCUCGUUGUUAUGCCAUGGCUCGCUGGGGAAGCUGUUGUCCCAGCAAUGGCUGAGGAGCCUGAACAACGAGAAGAGCAUCUUUCAUGGGCCACAGGCAGAUGUGGGAUCGCUUGGGGGGUGUGUGAAAUGCUCUGCAGGAUUCUUACUGCAUCAUCAGUGAUGGCUGUUGAUGGAAAACAUGGGGGUGGGCUCAUCCGAUGGGGUUUGACUCUCUAUUUUCCUGUGUUGUGCCAUAUCUCUGUGCUCAAACCGCGUGAUGUGUCCUGCAUGGCUCUUGUGGCUGUUUUUUGCCCUUUGCAGGUCUCUGGGUCAGGGUGUGUACCUGUGGUCUCCUCACAUGGAGGAUGAUGGCCAAGAUUAAUGGUCUGCACAGCUCACCAGCCAACUGCUGCCCCUGCCCAUCCACUCAAGCCCAAGUGGUGGGUGAUGCAGAGGGGACGGGACCCAGCACCAGGAGGACCUUCUCAACCCAGGAUGACACCUCCUCAGAGCUGUGGAGAGGGGCUUCCUUGGAUGUGGGGGAGCAGCCGUCUGCCUCCACUUUCCAAGGCAGGCGAGCUUUGGCAAGGAUAGUCCGGCUGGUGCUGGUGCUGAGGAACUGGGCCAGCAAGAGCUUGCAUGAGGAGCAGCAAAGGCCAGACCCCUUCCUCGAGCGCUUCCAGGGCCCCGAGCUCCAGGCAGUGGCUGCAGGUGCUGGCAGUGAUCUAGAGGACGAGGAGACGGAGGAGAAAAACAAAAAGAAGAAAUGGCAGAUCUUUGUGGUGGACCCUGCAGGGGACUGGUAUUACCAUUGGCUGGCUGUCAUUGCAGUUCCUGUCCUCUAUAACUGGUGCUUUCUCAUAGCCAGGGCUUGCUUCAGUGACCUGCAAAAGACCUAUGUUGUCCUCUGGCUGGUGUUAGACUACGUCUCGGACUCUAUCUACAUUGGGGACAUAGUGAUCUGCCUGCAUACAGGUUUCUUGGAACAGGGCCUCCUGGUUAAGGACCUGAGGAAGCUACGGCAUAACUACAUCCACACCUUACAGUUCAAGUUGGAUGUUCUCUCCAUCCUGCCCACAGACCUGGCAUACUUUGCCGUGGGAUUGCACUGCCCUGAAUUGCGUUUCAACAGGCUGCUGCACUUCUCCCGCAUGUUUGAGUUCUUUGAUAGGACUGAGACCAGAACCAGCCACCCCAACAUCUUCCGUAUCAGCAACUUGGUCCUUUAUAUCUUGGUCAUCAUCCACUGGAAUGCAUGCAUUUAUUAUGCCAUCUCAAAGGCUAUAGGCUUUGGAGAGGACACCUGGGUCUAUCCCAAUGUCACAGACCCUGAAUAUGGGUAUCUGAUCCGGGAGUACGUCUACUGUCUCUACUGGUCUACGUUGACUUUGACUACCAUUGGAGAGACCCCUCCGCCUGUGCGUGAUGAAGAGUACCUCUUUGUGAUAUUUGAUUUCCUUAUCGGUGUCCUCAUCUUUGCCACCAUUGUGGGGAAUGUGGGAUCCAUGAUAUCCAACAUGAAUGCCACUAGGGCAGAGUUCCAGGCAAAAAUUGAUGCCAUCAAACACUACAUGCAGUUCCGCAAGGUGAGCAAAGACAUGGAAACCAAAGUUAUCAAGUGGUUUGACUACCUGUGGACCAAUAAGAAGGCAGUAGAUGAACGGGAAGUUCUCAAGAAUCUCCCUGAUAAGUUAAGGGCAGAGAUUGCCAUCAAUGUUCACCUGGAGACACUGAAGAAGGUGAGGAUUUUCCAGGACUGUGAGGCAGGUCUACUGGUGGAGCUGGUGCUGAAGCUUCGCCCUCAGGUGUUCAGCCCAGGGGAUUAUAUUUGCCGGAAAGGAGACAUUGGGAAAGAGAUGUACAUCAUCAAGGAGGGGAAGCUGGCUGUGGUGGCGGAUGAUGGAACGACACAGUAUGCUUUGCUCACUGCAGGAGGCUGCUUUGGUGAGAUCAGCAUCCUCAACAUUAAAGGGAGCAAAAUGGGCAACAGGCGCACAGCCAACAUCCGUAGCUUGGGCUACUCUGAUCUUUUCUGCCUGUCAAAGGAAGAUCUUAUGGAAGCAGUCACAGAGUAUCCUGAUGCCAAAAAAGUCUUGGAGGAGCGUGGCCGGGAGAUCUUGGUCAAGGAAGGGCUGCUGGAUGAGGCAGCUGCAGAGGCAAGCACGGAAGGGAAGAGCAUGGAGGAGAAGCUGGAUAGGCUGGCCUGGAACCUGGACACACUGCACACCCGCUUUGGCCGGCUUCUGACAGAGUACAAUGAUGCCCAGAUGAAGCUCAAGCAGCGCAUCGCUGUUCUGGAGUCCAAGAUGAGGCAGCAGGAUCUGGAGGACUUCUUCUCUGAUAGCUCGGACAGUCUCCUUGAGGAUGAGGAGGAAGCUUUACCUGGUGGGACGCAAUGAUGGGGUGCAGCAGUCAGCUAGAUGAUGUCUGGCCUUGUGCUGAGACAAUGUUUGCUACUUCACAAGGCAGAUCCUGUGGCUGCCGUGCUGGGCACUUCUCUCAGGUCCUUAGCAUUGCUGCUGCCACUGCCUUGAUGGCAGCUCCUGGAUGGCUCCAAAUCAGGUGACAGUCCUAGCUCCUCCUCUGGCCUGUCCCUUUUCUCAUUGUCUUGAUUCUGAGACCUUGAACUUGGAUCACUAAAGAGAGGAGAAUAUCCAAUGCCACCACUAACACUUCUUUCCAGCUAUGGCAAAAGUUGCCCAUCACACCUCCUUCCUCCUAUUUGCCUUAAUAGUAGGUGGGACAUGAAUCUUGCAUGGACGGCUACCUGGACAUGCUGACCUCCCAUGUAUGUUGAGGAGAUGCAGAGUCACGGCAGACAGAGCCUGCCAUGUGCCACCUACCCAUCAACACAAGGACCAAGGAGGAGAAGAGCUUUGGAAGAUGCUGCAUUCCUUGCAGAUAACAAAAUGACCCCAACGAGAGAGACCAAAACACAAGCCAGAUAUUUACAAAUGCAUUUUGGGUUCAGCCUUUAUAACUCACUUUAGGUCGAUAGUCUACUGAGUGUCUGUGGACACAGUCUGCACCAAAAGACUCCUUACAAGAUACCAAAACUCAGUGAAGACAGCCCAGUCUGUGCCUCUUAUGCCUGCAAAUGGAGAGAUUUGUCUGGGUCACUGUCACUGCCUACGUCAUCUCCACCACCCACACUGAGGCUGGACAUCUGGCUGGAAGGGCAGGCAGCUGCUGUCCUCCUGCCUACCUCUGUUUUCCCUUCUGCUAUAUUUGGUGUGGCCAAAUGGCACCUGGCAUGGGUGGCUGAGCACCACAACUUCCUUAUGAAAAUGUGGCACCAUUGCAUGCGCUGGCAAAGCUCUGCCAGGCUGGGCUGCAGCCCUGCAGGCUCCAUGGUGUGAGCAGCUUGUUGGUGAGGGGCACAGUGCAGGAAAGGCCACCAAAACCCUGCAAGCAACAGCAACCCCAGCACAAGCACCCAUGCCUAAGGAUACUGUGCAGGUGCUGGGGCUGGGGGAUGCAACCUCACUUCUUGCUUCUGUCACAUAGCUUGCCCUGGCCCGUGUGUAGGCGUCUGGGACCUCCUGCUCCUGCCCACUGGGUCUGUGGGGUGGGCUGGGCCUGGUUUCUGAGGGAGAGAACAUUUGGUGGAGAAGGAGAUUUUGGAGGAAUUAAUGUUCUGGGUCAAAUUCAGCCAAUAGUUUGGUUAAAAUAAUGGGAUGGCACGUGGGGAGGUACCAAGCCAGAAAGGUUCAUGGUAGAAAACUGCAGGUAUUUGCUUUGUCCUUUCUUUUCCUUCCAACGUAAGACUGCCUCUCUUAAUUUUGUAUGAGAAUUUUCCAUUUAAAAAUAAUGGCCUUGUUUUUUGGGAUUGGUGGGAGAGGAAAGGUUAAAUUACCAAAAUUAGAAUUUGCAGUCAGAUAAAAAGUUUUUCGACAUGUCUAAAUUGAAUUGUAGCGUUUCUGUGUGAGUUUUUUUUUUUAAUUAAGAUGAUUUCAUUUGAAGAUGAGGUGUUUUCUGUUCUGCUUUUUCUUGUAACACCAAGACCCCUGGCUCCCAGCUUUCCCUUUUCCUGUGAUUUGUCGCUCCUGAAUUUGCCGCUCGUUCCUUGCCUGCGGCGGGGGGCAGGGGGCGGGCGGCGGGCAGAGCAUCCCGCGCCGGGGCAGCGGAGGCGGGCGGGCACCUGCUCCGCCGCUGCCGCCCUGCGGAUGCGGGCCGGGCGCCGG